UCCAACGAUUUUCCAUCCGCGUUUUAUUAUCCAGACAAACAAGAAUAAUGUUGCGUGGGUUCAGAGAAUAAACAUUUUUGUUUUAAAGCAAAAAUCAGUGCUUGAUGGGUCAUUGGAUGUGUAUGUGCUGUUGACCGCAACCUUGGACUUACAUUUAUUAAUAAAGCCAUGAAUUUGCCACAAAUAAGUGUAUUAUUUGGAAAACUAGUCCCUUUCUUCGCAACAGUAAUAAUCUACUUUAUCCUACUAAUUCCUCCUGCUGAAAAUCCAACAUUGCUGGCUGUGAUUAUAAAAUGUUCCCCAAUAAUGAGUUUGAUGUAUUUUGUAAAACACUACGGGUCCUGUACAAACCCAAUUUUUGUAGGCUUAUUUUUCUGUUGUAUAGGAGAUGGGUUUUUAAUGUUUAAGGGCUAUUUUUUUCAUGGGAUGUUAGCAUUUAUGCUGGGACACCUAAACUAUAUCCGAGCAUUUGGAUUCAAGCCUUUGAAGCCAAGAAUUGGGUUGUUUUCGUUUCUUAUAGGAGGAAUUAAUAUUUCUUUGUUAUACAAAGGAUUAUCGGGAUUAUUUGUGCCAGGAGUUUCUAUGUAUAUUUUAAUAAUCGAUACUAUGAUUUGGAGAGCUUUUGCACGUCUUCAGAAUCCAUGGACCUGGACUCAAAUCAGUAUUUGUACAGGCAGUGUACUAUUUGCACUGUCAGAUUUUUUUAUUGGAAUUAGUAUGUUUGUUCGACCCAUUGCUCAUUCUCAGGUCCUGAUUAUGUCCUCGUACUAUGCUGCCCAACUGGGAAUUAGUCUGGGCGUUUUGGAAAUUGUGCCAAAAUAAAACAACAUUUUUACAUAUCAAAUCAAAUUAAAGUAAUGCAUUUGACCUUAUAUACAGAGUGUUUCUUUAUAAUAAUCAAUAUAUAAAUAUUUAUUUUGAGACAUUCUAUAUAGGUAUAAAGUGUACAAGAACAAUUUAAUAUUUUUUAUACAUGGUCAUAGUCUUCCUGAAAUCAUAUUUUAUAUUAUUGUAAAAAGUUAUAGACUGCACGUUUUUUAUCUGUGAUUAUUUUAAUAAAUGUAAUUCAUUAUUUUAAGUUUUAAUAGGAGUUACAGCCUUUCUCAGAUCAGCAACUUCUUCAAACAAAUUUUGAAUUUGCUUAUUGGUAUUAUCCAACUUUUGCACUAACUGUGUUAAAGUGGCAGUCCAUUUUAAAUCAGUGGACUGAUGUUUAUUGUUUAUCAAACGUCUCCAAUGAUCUCCUUCACUUCUAGUCCUCGAAAAAACCUCCUUUUUGUUUGCUUCCCUUUUUUUAGCCAAAUCGUAAGCAGCUUGAACAAUUUCUUUCAAAAAUGGUGUAUCAUCAGGUUCCAAAGGUUUCACUUUUAGGAUUGGCAUAUAAGGUUUUGGUACUAUUCUCAAUAACACGAUCAUAAUUAAUUUAGCAAAGCUUUUACGAUUAAAAUGGGACAUUUCUAUGUAAGAGCACAGUUUAGCAAAUCUACAAUAUCUGGCCAAAUCUGCGUUCUUUUGCAGGCCUUGGAUAUCGUGCACUGCAAUACCUACAAGUAAAUUCAUUAAAAUUAUGGUAAUGAAAAAUAGGAAGCAAGUGUAAGCGACUCCUGCGCAAAUUUUAGUAAAAUCUCCAGAGUUUUCUUCUGUAGAAUAUUCCAGUAAAAUUUCAUAAUUCAUUUCUCCAGUCAUCAUAACUAAGGAUGAUAUAAAGCCAAUAAAUGGAUUAUAAAAUGCUGGAGAAUUGGGAAAUAGUAUACAAAACGCUAUUGAGUAACCUAUAAGAAACGGAAAAAACACUAAAAGUAGUUUUUGAAAUUCGCUUUUGACUUUUUCAAACAUUUCAACGUAUGGCCCAAAAGCUGGCAAUUGGCCUAUUUCAAACAUUAUAUUAGUCCAAGUGCACAUAAUAGCAAAAGCUCCUAUAUUAACUUGCCAGUUUUCAACUUUCCCUGUAUACAUACAAGACAAAACAAAUACGUAAAGUAUACCAUUCCAUUCUAGAAUAUUACUUACAUUAAGGCAAUAGUGUUUCAAUGUAGGAUAACCAUUAAAACUAUAAAUUUUCCCAUAAGCCAAAUUCAACGUAGCAAAUAUAAGAAUGUACCAUUGAAUUUCCAACGUCACAGGACUAUUUUUUAAAAACUUAUUCAAAUAAGAACGAUUACCGCAAUGGAUGUUUGACUUGUUUGCGAAUUUUCUAUCGCAAUCAAAAGCCAAAGAAGUCAAAACGUAAAACAACAAGCUCAAACUAAACAUUAAUGAAUUAAAAAUCAUUCCAUAAUAGCAUCGCUUAAUUCUAUUCCAAGCUACGUACAAAAAGGCCAUCACAAAAGGGUGCAAAAGCAUUUCUUUAUGCCCAGCAUCGAUAUACGCAUUCAAUAUAGAAUACUCCUUAGGAUGAUGCAGGCCUCGUUUAAAAUCAAAAAUCAUUUCAAUCUCAUUUAGAGCCUGUUUAUCGUACUUCAAUAUUAUAAACUCGGACAAUUUGUCUUUGAUAGUUUCCAUUGCCGAGGGUGUUUUUUUGGCUAUCAAAGAAAAGGCGGUUAUGCCAGAUUUUGAUUUUAUAGAGCAAUCAGCUCCGUGGAGGAUUAAAAUGCUGACGCAGUCUGUCAGUUCAUUUAGGGCUGCUACGUGCAGUGGCGUGAAUCCGUAAGAAUCUUGAGCGUUUAAGUUAGAACCAUUUCUGGAAAGAAAAAAAAACAUUGAAUUUGUUGAAAACGACAAAUGUUGUUCAAUGGGAAUUAAUUAUCUUAGGAAAAGGUAAUUAAAAUUCCUAGAAAUUCGAGAUGUUUUUUUAAUUGGAUUAAUCUAAAUGCCC